AUGGCUUCGAACUCAAUCCCGAGCAUUAUGAAGGGUGUUGUUAUUGAGAAGACGGGCGGUCCAGACGUUCUACAGUACAAAACCGAUCUUCCUGUUCCCGUGCCCAAGGAUGGCGAGGUCCUGGUCAAGAAUGAGUUCAUUGGAAUCAAUUUCAUAGACAUAAAUUUCCGCUCAGGACUCUAUCCUAUUCCCCUCCCCUACAUCCCCGGCGUCGAAGCCGAAGGCACCAUCGUAUCCACCUCAUCCUCUGGCCAAAUUUACAACCUCAAGCCCGGCGAUCGCGUAGCCUAUAUCGGCAAUGGUACCUACGCUGAAUACAGUGCUUGCCCUGCAUCAAAAGUCUACCCUCUCCCACCCAACCUCGAGCCCUCGAUCGCAGCCGCCGCCAUAUCCCAAGGUGUCACAGCCUUGACCUUCAUCAACAAAUCCUACCACGUCCAAAAAGACGAUUGGAUACUCGUCCAAGGCGCAGCUGGCGGCGUCGGUCUAUGGCUCUGCCAACUCCUCCGCGCUGUUGGCGCCAAAGUCAUCGGCACCGCUAGAACUGACGAGAAAAUGAAAUUGGCGAAGAAAAAUGGCGCUGAAUUUGUGCUGAAUUACAGCACUGAAGAUGUCGCAGCAAAAGUCAUGGACAUUACAGGCGGAAAGGGGGUAGCAGCAGUAUUCGACAGCAUUGGACUCUCGACUUUUUCUUCGAGCUUGCAAGCCCUGGCUCAAGAUGGGACGAUGGUCUCGAUUGGCAAUACAUCUGGGGCGGUUCCGCCGUUUAAGAUCACGGAUUUGAGUGCGAAGAAUUUGAGGUUGUUGAAGCCGUCGGUGUUUGGGUAUUUGAGGACCAGAGAGGAGUUUGUGAGGUGGGCGGAGAGGCUUUUUGGCUUGGUUGCAAAAGAUGAGGAGUUGAGAAAGGGGGUGAAGGGGAUGGUUUGGAAGACGUAUGAGUUGCAAGAUGCUGCAAAGGCGCAUGGGGAUUUGGAGGGGAGGAAAAGUAGCGGGAAGUUGUUGUUGAGGGUUUAG